AUGUUUUUGGUAGGUUACGACUUUAGGCUCCGCCCACUUUUUCUUACAGGUCCAUUCGAUACCCUUUUGGACUCCACAAUCACCAAUCCUGAUGGUUUUUUCAAUUUGAAUGGGUCGUAUGCGGAAGCGUUUAAUACCCGCCCCACUAUCUACGUGUAUUUUGUGAACUACUGUGAGCCAGCCAUCGAAAAAGAGUCAUUCGUGUGUGGCAACACUAUCAAAGCGUUCAUCCCGUCGGCGUUUAUUACUAUUGGAGAGAAUCCGCUGGAGACGUUCUUCUUGGAUGAGCUGGAAGUGACGAGGGUGAUAAAUUCGCAGUUUGGGAUCGAGAAGAUGUUAUAUAGGUGGUUCGAUCAUAAGGAGUGUCGGGAUGGGUACACUUCGUGA